AUGUCCGAGUACAUUGGCUCGCGCAUCUCGCUCAUCUCCAAGUCCGACAUCAAAUAUGUGGGCACCCUGCAGUCGAUAGACAGCGAAACGGCCACCGUCUCCCUCAAGGAUGUCCAAUGCCACGGCACCGAAGGACGAAAGGGCAAUCCCGCAGAGGAGAUCCCCGGCUCGGACGUCGUCUACGAUGGCAUUGUCUUCCGUGGCAGCGAUGUCAAAGACCUCACCAUCCUCGCGCCGCCGAAAGAGAACCGCCCACCGCAGAUGCCGAAUGAUCCUGCGAUUCUAGGGUCUGGUCAACAACAGCAACCACAGGGUUCUGCCCAGCAGCAGCAGAACCAGUGCGGCGGCCCUCCUCCACCACAGUUUCAGCAACAACAGCAUCUUGGUUACCCAGGCCCACCACCGAACCAGUUUCAGCAGCCCCCGCGAUUCCAAGGCCCCGGUGGCGCUCACGGAUUUCCAGGUCAGCCCGGCGCAGUACCAGGCUAUGGAAUGGGAUAUGGUCCGCCUCCGCCUGGCUACGGCCCAGGCCCCAUGGGCUAUGGUCCUCCACCACCAGGUCAUGGCUUUCCGCCAGGUCCGCCAGGUCCAUUCCCACCACAGCAGCAACCGAUUGGUCCUCCAGGUCACAUGAACCAGCAGCAGCGACCACCGCAACAGCAGAUGCAAGGCCAGCAGCAACAAGCACCCAUUGGAAGCAAGCAGAACACGCCGCAGCCAGGCCCAAACCCAGCGUCUCAGCCACCUGCUCAGCAAUCAGAACAAAACCCUGUCGAAAUGUCCGGCACUCCUGCUGGCAACAGCAAGGCUACGGGACCUCCACCUCCGGUCGACUCUAAGCCUUCGACAGCUGCCGCAACAGCUCCAUCGGCUGCGACCCAAGCGCAACAGCCACCUGCCGCGAAGCCAGCCCAAAAGCCAAACAACAGAGUUGCAGUUCCUCUGCCAUCCGCUAGCCCAGCCGUACCGAAGCAGCAACCUAAGCCUGCAGCCCCUGCACAACAAGCGCCUGCACCAGCUCCGGCUCCGGCUGCGCAACCCACUCCGAAUGCCUCGAAUGCCACAGAAGCUGCGACAGCCGCAGUCGCAGCUGCUAUGGCGAAACUUGGCGCAACGAACAGUGCAGGAGCAGUGGACAACCUCACACAGAAGGUCAACCAGAUGAGAGUGCAAGAAGGUCAGACAAGAGGCCGCGGACGUGGGCGGGGUGCUGAGAGAGGUGCACGUGGUGGAAGACGCGAAAGCACACAGAAGACAGUCGAGGUGCCAAAGGAAGACUUCGACUUCGAGACCGCGAACGCAAAGUUUAACAAGCAGGACUUGGUCAAGGAGGCCAUCGCGAGCGGAAGCCCAGUCACGAGCCCUGUCAACGGCGACCAGGCGGAUCCAAUCGCAUCGGUCACGAACGGACAUACUGAAACAGACGACGUGGUUAUCCCACCGAAGCAGACCUACGACAAGAAAUCAUCAUUCUUCGACAACAUCAGCAGCGACCUCAAGGAUCGUGCAGAGCAGCAGCAGGCAGAGUUCGACGGACGCACAAUGCGCCGUGAGGAACGAUCGAAGAACAUGGAGACGUUCGGACAGGGUAGCGUCGAUAACGCCGGUGGCUACCGUGGCAGAGGGCGCGGCCGUGGACGUGGCUUUGGUCGUGGCCGAGGUGGAGGAGGAGGGUACCCUGGUGGUCGCGGUGGAUUUGGCGGCGACAGCGCUCCCCGUGGCAAUUACAGAGGCCGUGGACGAGGCGAUGCUGGAGCUACUCCGGCAUAG